AAUAGACGGAGGGUGAUUGCUCUGCACCAGCAGGACUGUCUGUCUACAUUGAGUGCUCUGCACCAGCAGGACUGUCUGUCUACACUGAAUGCUCUGCACCAGGACUGUCUACACUCAGUGCUCUGCACUAUAACAACUACAAUAAGGCUUCUGUACCAGCACUAUUAAAUGUUCUGCUACAAGAGAACUACAGUAAGUGCUCUGCCCCAGGACUACAACAAAUGCUAUGCUCCAGGAGAACUAUAAUAACUGCUCUGCUACAGGAGGACUACAGUAAAUGCUAUGCCCCAGGACUACAACACAUACUCUGCUACAGGAGGACUACAGUAAGUGGAUUGCUCCAGGAGGACUGCAUCUCCCUAUACUAAGUGCUGUGCUACAGGAGGGCUACUUACCACUUCCUUCACCAAGUGCCCUGCCUCAAGUGGGUUGCCUCUGCCCACAGCAGAAGAUCUGCCUUUCCUUGUACCAGCACAGUUUGUGCUAUUUUGGGGCAGGCAAUACUCAAUAUAUCAGGCUUCGACUAGCUGUGUUUGUGCGUGGUAUCCAAUGGGUGAGAGCCCAUUUGUAGCUCUGUCCCUAGAAGAGCUGUGACUGUGCUCCCAGCAGCUGAACUGGUCAGCCAUGGAGAAUGAGGAGGAGUGGAAGAUCUCAGUAUGGCUCUGCCAAGACGAGAAGCUGGUCUCUGGCCUUAGCAGGAGGACCACUUGUGCAGAGGUGGUCAAGGUACUCCUUGAGGACUACAACCAAAGUCAGGCUGCAGAUGGGUCCAUGCUCCUUGGACCUCCCCAGUCCUACUGCAUUGUGGAGAAGUGGAGGGGCUUUGAGAGGAUACUACCCAACAAAACCAAGAUCCUAAGGUUAUGGACAGCAUGGGGGGAGGAACAGGAAAAUGUCAGGUUUGUUCUGGUCAGGAGCGAGGCAUCCCUGUCCAAUAUUGGACCCAGGAGUGCAGAAGCCAAGGUGGUCCUCAGCAAGGAGAGCCCCUGCCACCUGAGAGGGUCCACCAAAGCCAUCAAUACUUGCCUUAACCAGGAGAAACAACGGAGGGUGGUCAGGAAGGCCUUCCGCAAGCUGGCAAAGAUGAACAAAAAGAGAGAGGAGACCUUAUCUCGGGAUUCCUGCUCGGUGGAAAAAAUGGAGACCUUGGUCCACCUGGUUCUCUCCCAAGACCAUACCAUCCGCCAGCAGGUCCAACGAAUUAAGGACUUGGACAGGGACAUAGAGAGGUUUGAGGCCAAAAUACACUUUGACAGGAUGAAAAGACAUGGAGUCAACUAUGUCCAAGAUACUUACUUGGUGGGACCAGGGUCUGACCCAGGGACAACCAGUGACAGCCAAGAGGGGGGUCAUGACUCCCAGGAGGAGCUCUUUGUGGAUUAUGAGGAUUAUGUCCAGAAAUGUGAGGAGGUUUUAAUGCUUCAAGAUGAAAUAACCCAACAGGAGGUCAUGAUUGACCAACUUACAGCCCAGAUCCAAGAGGAGCUCAAUAAAAGGUGGAUGGACAGGAGGCAGGAAGAGUUGUCUGAGAGAGAGCUGGACUUUCAGCAGGGGGACACUAGUGGGGACCAAGAGGAAGGAGAUAGUAAAUUACUGGUGCAACAGGAAAGGGUUAAAACAGAGCUCAGUGCCAGCCUUUAUAUAGGACUGAGGCUCAACACAGACUUGGAGGCCAUCAGAGCAGAUUUGGAGUUCACUCAACAAGUCUGGGAGGAGAAAGAGAGUGAAUUUCAGAGUCUGUUACAGAGUCUCAAUGAUCUGGAUCUUUCUCCAGGACUUCACAGCCCAGUGGAUAUGUCAGUAGGACUUCACAGCCCAGUGGACCUCCCUUCAGGACUCCAUAGAGCAGAGGAGGCCACAGACAGCACUAUUUUGGAUAGUUCUCCUGGUGUUUGGGUGGUUAAAGACAUUGAGGGCUUUAGUAAUUGUGGGGCCAAUGAUGAGGAUUCAGACACUGGGCUGAGUUCAAUGCACAGUCAGGAUUCAGACACCACUCCAGUCUGUGAGUCUCUGGUAUAGUCUUAAUUAUUAACCUUUUAUUGGCAGAGUAUAUGUAUAACACAAGCUUGCACACCCCUGUGGCACUCACCGACUCCUAUCUGCUAUUUAAAUAAUCACCAAGUGACCCUCUUAAUGUUUAGUGAUUUAUAUUUGCACAAGCCACCAGGGAGGUGAUUGCAGCCCAGCCUGGCAUUAAAAGAGUUAAUCCCUUCAUGAUAGCCCACAUCAGGACUGUCACAACAUAUAAUGCCUUAUCCAACUCUUAUAAUGAAAGGGUUAAAGCCCACUCAGGCAAGGUCUUCCCUACAAAAUUAACCCAAUGUCGCUUUGUAAAAUGUGUUUGUUUUUUUUUAUAAAUAAAACAUUUGUUAAUUUUAAUCUGA